GGGGACAUCCUGUGAUGCUGCAGCGCACAGGACAUGAUCUCACACGGCGAGGGGCUCCGCGGCUUCUUAAUCAUUUCACGGUUCCUUCAGAGGCUUUUUUCCACCUAAAACGUUUAGUUUCAGCUCAGUGAGCGGCUGCAAAAGCUCUGCGGGGAGCGGAAGGGUUGAAUUAUUCUGACCUGAGAGAGCCACGAAAAAAAAAAAAGAGAGAGAGAGAGAGAGAGAAAAGGAAAAAAAAAAGAAAGAAAAAGGAAAAGGGGAAAGGGAAGAAAAGUGAAAAAAGAGAAAAGAAUAAAAGAGAGAACGUGAAGAAAAGAUAAAAGGAAAAGAAAGGAAGAGGAGAAGAAAAAAAAGAAAACAAAGAAGAAAAGAAGAGAAAAGAAGAGGAAAGAAAAGAAGAGGAAAGAAGAGGAAAGAAAAGAAGAGGAAAGAGAAGAGAAGAAAAGAGAAGAAAAGAGAAGAAAAGAGAAGAAAAGAGAAGAGAAGAGAAGAGAAGAGAAAAGAAGAGAAAAGAAGAGAAGAGAAGAGAAGAGAAGAGAAGAGAAAAGAAAAGAAAAGAAAAGAAAAGAAAAGAAAAGAAAAGAAAAGAAAAGAAAAGAAAAGAAAAGAAAAGAAAAGGGAAGGAAGGGCGAGAGGCAGGCAGCAGCACACUACGGACAAACUUUUCCUGUUUCCUUCCACCGACUCCUCCAGGAUCGCAAUGGAUUUGGAGAAGAUGUACGCGGCCCCGCGGCCCGGGCGCACAGGACACGGAGGUGUGAACCAGCUGGGGGGCGUUUUUGUGAAUGGCCGCCCCCUGCCCGACGUCGUCCGGCAGCGGAUCGUGGAGCUGGCGCACCAGGGGGUGAGGCCGUGCGACAUCUCCAGGCAGCUCCGCGUCAGCCACGGCUGCGUCAGCAAAAUACUCGGCAGGUAUUAUGAAACCGGGAGCAUUAAGCCUGGAGUGAUUGGAGGAUCAAAACCAAAGGUCGCCACACCCAAAGUUGUCGAAAAAAUUGCAGAGUACAAACGCCAAAAUCCCACCAUGUUUGCCUGGGAGAUCAGGGACAGACUCCUCGCGGAGCGAGUGUGCGAUAACGACACCGUGCCCAGCGUCAGUUCAAUUAACAGGAUCAUACGGACAAAGGUGCAGCAGCCGCCCAAUCAGCAAGUCCCAGUCUCCAGUCACAGCAUAGCCUCCACAGGCUCCGUUACCCAGGUGUCCUCUGUCAGCACUGACUCCGCCGGCUCGUCCUACUCCAUCAGUGGGAUCCUGGGCAUCGCCUCUCCCGGCACCGAGAGCAACAAGCGCAAGCGUGAUGAAGGUAUUCAGGAACCUCCAGUACCCAAUGGCCAUUCCCUCCCGGGUAGAGAUUUUCUUCGGAAACAGAUGCGUGGAGACCUAUUCACCCAGCAGCAGUUGGAAGUGUUGGAUCGAGUCUUCGAGAGGCAACAUUAUUCUGACAUCUUCACAACAACAGAGCCCAUCAAACCAGAGCAGGCAACUGAAUACUCAGCCAUGGCAUCAUUAGCUGGAGGACUGGAUGACAUGAAGGCCAAUAUAACCAGCCCCACUUCUGCAGAUUUAGGAGCAAGCGUUCCCGGACCACAGUCGUAUCCUAUCGUAACAGGUCGCGAGCUGGCAAGCACAACCCUCCCAGGAUACCCACCGCACGUCCCCCCUGCUGGACAGGGCAGCUAUUCUGCCCCUGCGCUGACAGGAAUGGUGCCUGGGAGUGAGUUUUCUGGGAGCCCAUACAGCCACCCACAGUACUCAACGUACAACGACUCCUGGAGGUUUCCCAAUCCCGGACUUCUGGGCUCUCCUUACUACUACAGUGCUGCAGCCCGUGGAGCAGCCCCACCUGCAGCUGCCGCUGCCUAUGACCGCCACUGACCUCGGACCCAAAGCUUGAGCACUUAUCACAAGAUACCGCCUGGGACAACUGCAUUGAGUCACCUUGCUACAACCACGCAAGUCAAGGAGGAGGAAAGUAAAUAGUAGGAACAAGCUCAUUGAAAUUUUACCCUUAAGACUCUGCAAACUUAACGUCGUUGUUUUCUUAAUUCUGGUGAUGCUGUCUGGGUCUCAAAUGAAGCAAAGAAGUAGGAGGACGUGGUUCUCCUGGCACAUCAUGCGGUCAUAGAAAUGCAGUAGUUUGAUGUUGCUUGCAGCUGCCAGGCUACUGCUUUAAUCGCUGUGGGUACCACGGCUGUAACUGGGGAUAAGGAAGAGAUGUGGGCCUCCCUGUGCGGGAUAGCUUCCUCUUACUGCACACUGAGACAGGCUGUGAGACUCAACACAAGCUUUUUUAAUUAUUAUUAUUGGUUUUUUUUUUCUUGGUUCUUUUUUUUUUUUUUUUUUUGUGUGUGUGUGUGUGGCAAAGAAAGAUCAGUCUGCUCAAUUUUACACAAGCAGCACUGUAAAUACUUGCUUGUUUGUACUGCUAUGAGAGUGACUUAGCGUAUGCUAAGCUUAUGCAGCAACAUUGUACAAAUCUAGGCUCAAAAUACAUCUGAAGAUGUGUUUUGAAACCGGUGCACUGAUUCAAAGAAUUCAGUAAGCUUUAAGCAACUUUGAACCAGGUUAACACUCAUUGUGGCUAUCUUUCAGGCUGUUACUGCUGUACAGCAUCCUAUCCAACAGCUGUGUGUAAUCACGCUAUCUGCUGGUACCAAACCCAUGGGCAUCAGAAGGACGUGGGCAAUUUUGUCACAGUUUAUUGCCUAAUAUUAAUUUGUGCUCAUUUGUAAUUACAGUGAGCACUGAAACAAAUUCUCUGGUUUCAAGUUAAACAGCAUUCGGGAAAGAAUGAUAGCAGACACCUUACCUACAUCUCAAUGGGUCGUCUGCUAAAACCCAAUGAUGGGCACCCUGAAAGAAAGGGGGAACGUAUGGCCAUAAUGAUUUCUGUGAAGCGGACGUAUUGACCAGAGUAUACUGAACACAUGGGCAGACACACCUGCUUUCUGAGCAGUACUGGUCAGGGGGGUCUGUCCAUUUUAAUGAAGGCAUCUCAAGUCAUUCUAAUAACACAGAGGAAAGCAAUUCUGAAUUCAGGACUCAAGUCAUGGAGAUCUUUGUCCCAUUGAUCCUGCAUUUCUUGCCCUCCUACUCAAGGAGGGAGCACUGAGGUGACAUUUCAUUCAGUGCUCACUGCUUCCCGGGGCUACUGAAGAAAGCAGCUUUCAAACGACCUGGCAAGCAAUACACCAACCAUUGCUUUUUUCCAGGAAACUGGGAAAACUACCCCCAGUGCAGCUACCUUUUGCCAUGUAUUAUGGUGUGCAUGUGCCCAGCCACUCCUGGAAGCAAGGGGAGAGCUGACCUUGCUGAGACCAGACUUACCUGCAGCCUCUGACUGCACGCAGUGCCCACAGCAGCCCUGCUUCCUGCACUGAUGAGCGCCAGCACCGCAAAGGGACCUGUCUGUGUUUCCCUGCGUGCUUCCCAAAGCUGAUUGUUGGUGGUGCCCCACGAAUCAGGUAUUUGCGUCCAGUUUUACAAGUAUUUCUUUGAAACUGCAACGUCUGAGCUAACGUUCCUCCCUCUUCUCCUCGCUGCCAGCACCUUGUGUGCCUGCCAUCAGUGAGCACUGACAGCCUCUGUGUGCUCCCCAGUCUCAGUGGCAUGUUUCGUACGUUCUCAUGCUACGAAAACACAGCUGUUAGUUUCAGGGUUCCAUGCUAGAUGUUCUCUGGUCCUCAAAAGCCAUGAUGAUACCUAGGUCCCACUGGCUUAAACGGUUUCCCUAAUCCAGAAUUGAAUUCUGUGAGCACGAGACGAACUGACCUGCAAGAAAAAUCGUCCUUUUCAUUCCUCAGCACUUGAUACCUGGAACACAAACAUGCACACGCGUUUUUAACUGAAAAGCACAAAAACAUCAUCUAGCCGGGGAAUUUGCUGAAGCUUUGCUUUGGUGUUACCUUUUCUCAGUUGUCAUGGCAGACUGCGUGCCUGUUUGCACCCCAGUGGCUGUGUGGGGAUUCUUCACACGUGCUCUUGACUGAGGUGUGCACACCACAUGCAGGGGCAUAUCCUGAGUACACCUGCCUUUUCUGUAAGCUUGGGUAGUUAGAAGGUCAUCUGACAUUAGCUGAAGAGGCAAGAAACAAACAUCUGACAGUAUAACAUGAGGGUGUGGGCUAUGCCCCCAAAGCGAGGGUGGGGGUGAGCUAUACAAGCUACAGAGAUGCUACUUGACCAUUGAUGAAGCUGGUCUCAAAGCUUGUGCUUGUGUCUUUCCAGUGCAGGAAGAGCAGCUCUUGUUGAUUACGUGUAUGCGCUUUCACCAGUUCUGAGUGCUACCCAGCAAACAUUUCUUAAAAGCUUGUUUUUUUUAAUUCCCUGGUGGUAAAUGGCUUAUAUGGCUUUAGGUUGGAUAACACCAGGAAGGCUGAACAUAAGACAUGAAACUUCAACAGAUGUUGCUAUGCUUAGGACAGAGACUCUUUUAGUUAGUCUACAGACUUAGGAAAAACGUGGUUUGUAUGUAGGUCGCUCCGAAAGUAAUGCCACCUAUUCGUUCCCAUGGAAAUUACAGUGGCUAUAAAGAGCACAAUACGCUGUUUGGUAGAGCAGAUUCUCAGCUACAAAACACUAUCUGUCAACACAGCCACCACUGUUAACCAAUUUGAGUGGAUGAGCUUAUUGGGAGACUCUUCUUUUUGUGGUGUGACAGCUGUGCAUAGCUAUUCAGAGCAUGGCUUGUCUUUCAAGUCAGUGUCACUACUGCUGAAACGCAACACCCACUGCUUCACCGUGCUCACAUCCACUCUUUGGUCUCUGUGUAUGUUCAGCAAGCAUCUAUGAAUGUCAACUGCUGCAAUUAUUAUUAUUAUUAUUAUUUUUUGCACGGAGGAGUUCAGUGGCACAACUUUGCUUCAUACGCACUUCCACAUCAGACGUCGUUUUGUCGGAGUGCCCCUCUGCUGCCGUCUGUCUUAUGGCAACAAAAUGGAACAGAAUGUCGGUGUGAAGGUUCAACCUCUACUAUUAUAUCACCAACAUCCACCUCUGAUAUCGUGGGCUAACGUAAUAAGAUAGGAAGCUUUACUUUUGGAGCAGCCCUCAUACAUUUCAUGCCAAGGAUGCAUGCCCGUGGAUUAAGUGAUGUAAGGUGCUUACACUCAGCCCUGAUUUGCCUUAGUGCUUACAUCAAGAAUCCUUAGGGGUUGGUCCUUGGCCAGAGUUGUCUUGCAGUGAGUGCACUAUGGUGGCCUCCAUCCUCUGAGCCACAGCUUGGGUGAAAGGCAGAGAAGGUGCAGGUACACAGGCCUUGCACAAGUCUUCUCUCUGCCUGUGCACUCCAGCUCGCAAUCAUGGCGAUGAACCACAGAUGCUCACCCUUGCACGUGUACAUCAGUGACCUGUGUCUGUUCCACCCCCUGCAAGCACUGCUGAGGAUCCAUGCAGAUGUGGCUCGUUUAUAUAUGCUAGGGCUGUUUCUCUGCAAGGAACACAAGCAGGGUUUAGCCUGCUGACAUGCAUGCCAUCCAUACUUCUAGAAAUCACACUUGGCAGUGCUUUGUAUUUUUGACAGUAGCACAGUCAACUAUGUAUACGUCCUCUCCAACAGCCUGCAGCAGGCCUGGCUGAGAGGAUGUGAGCAAGGCCCUUAACGUGCACGCACUGUUCACACUUGCUGGCUGCAGGGGAGGAUGUAGAAUGAAGUGGAGACCGUAAGUGAGUGACCACUUGGUGUUGCAAAGGGAUGGGGACGUGAUGAAUGCCAUUAUUAAUCUGCUGAGGCUGGUUCAGAUUUUUUUCUGGAGUAGUUUCAUGGGUCAUUUUCACGCACCCAGAGACACUGGUGUUGGGCAUGGUCGGCGCUGCUGUUGUUUGGUUUGGGCAGGAUGUCCUGCAGCAUGGCACAUCAUUACCAACCCCUUGCAGAACUCAGCCCCAUAAAAGUGCCUUCAGGCAGUUCCACCACUGAGCUCCUUCGUGCAGCUAGAUGGAUGGUGUUUCAGUAGUAUGCGCUCCAGCAAUUGCUUCCAGCACUGACUUAAAAAUAAAGACUGAGAGGUGGAGAGAGAAGAUAUUGACAUAAGAUUGAAUCAACAGAGGCUAUGAGCUGGUGUUACUUGAACUGUCUUGUUGAGGAAACCCUUGGUCCUGUGCUGUAAAUGUAGCCAUAAAGAAGUCAUGUUGUGGGCACUGAGUUUAGCAUUUAGGCCCAAAGAUUUGACUGCAGAGGCACUGUUGUAAGACGGCACCUAUCACCUGCAGAUUUAAGCACAGCUCAAGACAGGAUCCCUAGACUAAAAAGUCUUUGAUAGCUAUCAGGUCAGAAAUAUGCCCCAGGACCUGGGGCCAUGAGGUCAGAAAGCAGGUGUUUCAUUCAGAUACACAGAGAUGUCAAAGUAGAACUUUCAGGAAUGGUGGGACUGCAGGCUCUGGGGAGAGCCUUGGUGUUGUAGGCUGGUGUGAAGGAAACAGCAAAGGAGGACAGAGUACCAGGAGGAAAAAAAAAAAAAAAAGAAAGAAAAAAGGAACAAAAGGGAAGAGGCAAGCUGAAAGGAAAGUGAAGUUCAUCAGAGAACUGCUGGACUUCUGUAAUCUUUCUUCUAACAUACAUGUUGCAAUGGCUGUGCACUGCGGAGGGCGCAGAGGAGUUCACCACUUGCUGCACUGCAGAGUAGUGGCAGCUGCUUUCUGCUGAUACACAUUCUCCCAUACACUGCCUUGGACUGAUGGGAUUGUAUUCUAUUUUAAAAUAUUCUUUAAUUUUUUCUCUUCUACAAGUCCUUUAUCAUGAAAGAGAAUUAAAGCCAUGCUAUGAUGUUGCUUAUUUCCAAGCACAGCUAUCCAAUAGUUCCAAGUGUUACAGCACACAGCUUAGAUAACUUGUGGGGUUGGCAGCUGAGGCAAUGUGGAGGCUUCAGCAAAAUGUCCUCCAUGGUGCUGUAUUCUUUCCUGCACGUAUAUGCACGUGUGUGUGUCACUGGGACAUUGUGACCAUGAUCCGUGAUGGGAGCACAGCAUUAAACUUGACCCAUCCUGUGACUCCGUCCCUGCAGUGCUGGGAAAACCUGCUUCUUCUUAUGGAUUCACUGAGAAAAUGACAAGAGAGGUCCAGAUGGCCAGCAGCUCCCAGGCUCUGCCCUGCAGUCUUGAGCAGAGCAAAAGCAGUGCCAGGUUGGGCUGCUUGCAGUGACACAGGCGCUGGCUCUCAUUCUGAUCCCUAGCAGUCACUCUGCACUGAAGGUAGAGAGCUGAAGGGCAGCGAAUGGCUCAAGACUCUGGCAAGAGAAGUGCUGGGCCCCUCAGACAACCCACUUGAUUAAAAACAAGUAGUAUUUCUUUUCUGGUGGAGUUAACCACAGAAUCACAGAAUCAUUAAGGUUGGAAAUGACCUCUAAGAUCAUCUAGUCCAACCAUAAAUAAGGCUUGCAAGUAUUGAGCAAAAAGCAUCUUUGAGAGGCGCUUGGUGCAAGCCAAGUGUUGUAUCAGCACGGUAGCGAGUGUGAGUGCUCGUGUGCAGAGAUGGAUGUGUAUGCACCCGUGUGUGCACUUGUAGGCCCAUGUGCACCUGUGGGCCUAUCCCCACUCCCCAGCGCCUGCUGACAGCCUUGCCGUGCAACUGGUGACCGCGCUACUGGACUCCUGCAUCCAGGUUUACUACUCUCACCUUGUAAAUCGAGAUGGAAAAAUGGUCAGUGGGUGUUUAGAUCUUUCUAUUUCUUCAUUCAGCCUUGUAGUGCAAAGAAACUUUGUCCUGGAUUUUCACUUUCUAGUGGCCUUUGUACAUUCUGAAGUUACAGAAAAUCAUUUCAUUGCAAAUGGAAUUUAUUUCCAAGAAAAAAAAAAAAAAGAAAGAAAGAAAGAAAGAAAGAAAAAGAACAGGCUUUUUUUUUUUUUUCUUGUUUCUUUUUUUUUUCCUUAGAGAUAAACUACUUUCUAUUAGGACCUUCUAGCAACAAAGAAAUACAUAUCUAUCGUAUCCACCAAAGUCUGCAACGCCUGCAUUGAAGCUUACUUCUUGUAAGAGGAAAAGAAAGAGAAGGAAAAAAAAAAAGCCUCCUUUCCUUAAAAAAUGCAUACAAACAGAAAAAUAAAAAACACAGAAGAAAACUCAUAAAAAUAACUGCUGAAUUGCCUUUGAAAGUAGGGGAUAACAUCUGUUGCAAAACAGAUGAAAAAUUGCUUCUUAAAAUGUGUAUGUUUUGUAUUCUUUUUUUCUAGUAGGAAAAGAACAGACUUGAAAUUUUGGUGUUUUUCCUUAGUGCUGUGUGUUGCUUUUGUGUGUUAUAAUAUUUGAAUGUAAUUACAGCAGUGCCAAUUUGCCAAAGAUGUUGAACAUUACUUUGGGGAUUUUGUUUUGCGUUUUACUUUGGGGAGAGGUAAAGGGGCGGUGGGCUGGGCAGUGGGCGUGCUGAGGUGUGGGUCACAAGGGAUGGGUCUUUUCCAGGUUUUUUUUUUUACAUCUUUUUUUCCCCCUUCCCCUUCUCCCCCCUCCCCCCCUACCCCCGAUUCUUUUUCUUGUCGAAACUGAAAUCUGUGGUUUUAUUCUAAGUUAAAUGGUUGACUGCAACACGUUUUAUUUUUAGAUUAGUUGAAGAAACAUGCAAUAAGAUUGGCGUAGUUCAAUAUCUGUGUGUCUUUUCAUGAGAGUGACUGUUACUUGUGGACAUUCGAUUUUAUGUAACCUUUAUGUGAGAUAAUUAUUUGUAAAUAUCUACCAUAAUUUUAUUGGUUCCUAAAAUAAAAGUAAUUUUUUUAAGUUCCAAAA